UCUAGUUCAGCCCUUCAGCCCUGCGAGCGAGGCUGCGACUAAGCCGUCUCUCCUGUCUCUCCACCGCGAUUCUCCAGUCUCCACUCAGCUCCACCGGUGGCCGGCCUUAGUCUUCUCCGUUUGGCGUCUACUACUCUGCUCCACGGCUAAUCUUCAAGAGGAAUAGCAUUCUAAUCUUCAAAGGCCCAAACAUCAGAGUUGAAGAAUAGAACGAUUUAGGUUUCGAUUUCGACCGACGCCUCAUUGUUGUUUCAAUUUAAUGGCUUGGCGACUCAAAGCCGUACCGGAUGCAAGUAGGGAUUUAAUAAGUCAGCUGCCUUUAGAGGUAAAGGACAGAAUUUUGGGGUUUUUGCGCACCCCAGAGGCCGCCAGAACUGCUAUGCUCUCAAAGCACUGGAAUGAUGUUUGGUUGCAGCAUGGGCAGCUUACGUUCGAUUGGGAAUUCUUGCAUAGUGUCCGAAAGUGCUUUGAAGAUGAAGGUAGAACCCUCGUGAAUAUAAUCAAUAAUAUCCUCUUUCUCCGUGCUGGGCCGGUUAAGAAAUUUACUCUACAGAUUUCAUGUGAUGAUCCUACGCCGCAGCAGUCUGAUGUUGAUAGGUGGUGUCUAUUUUUGUCAAGAAAUGGUGUGGAGGAACUUAAGAUAUGUUUAGAUAGUACUGACGAUUGGGAGGAAUAUAAGCUGCCAUUUUGUUUACUCUCUUGCAGGACAAUUAAGCAACUGAUAGUCCGUGGUCCCUUUAUUGAUUUGCCUGUAAAUGAUUGUGGUAUAUUUUCCAAUGUCACUUCAUUAGCUUUCUUCAAAGUUGAAUUUAAGUGUAGUGUUAGUGGAAUUGCCUCUAGUAUUAAUAUUCCUAAACUUGAGGAGCUGGCUUUCGGAUAUUGUCCAGGGAUCCAUAAGUUUGAGUUCUGUUCUCCUAAGCUUGAAAUUUUGUCUGUUAUUGUUUGUAUGUAUGAUGUGGUUGAGUCGAGAUGGUUGGCGCCACAUUUGAAAGCCAUUAAGACUCUUUGGUUGUGCGGCUCUUCCUUGAUGGAUAUUGAUGUAUCUGUGUUUCCAACUGCAAUAAAUCUGCAAGUAAUGAAGCUAUAUGAAUUAAAUUUUGGUUGUCAGAAGCAACUUGCCAUUGCUAUGCAAUUGCUUCAAAAAUGUCCCAACCUAUGUGAACUGCGGAUAUUUGCGAAUGAGUUCCGUGGGAAGGAUGACCAAGAAGCUGCUUCAAGGCUUUUGGAGGAUCCAGACAGUGGCUUUGUUAUUCAGGAAUUGAAGAUGCUUAACACAAUCAAGAUUGAAUCAUUCAGUGAAUUCGCACUCGAAAUGCUUUUUAUGAAAAUGCUGCUCUCAAGAUCUCCUGCGCUAGAGAGAGUUGUUAUUGUGGACUCUUGGGAUGUGAAUGCCUCGGAGGUGAGAAAAAUCCAAAGGAUGUUGGAAUGCUUCCCUCGUGCAUCUCCAAACGCACAAAUUGUUUGCGCGGGCGAUUACUAUGCGUCUAUGCGUGAUGAUUGGUUGGAUACCCAUGGUUUUAGCCUUUCAGAAAUUUAGUAUGGUGAAUCUCCAUGGGUUCUAUUUUGGUGCAGCUUAGAAAUGUAUGCAAAGGUUGUGUUGUAAGUUGAAAUGUUUUCUAAGUUGUUCAGCAUAAGGUAUUUGUAAUCAGCAAGCAUUCUGGGCAGUUAAGAAUGUUCCUAUAUGAAUGCCAAAAAAAAAAAAAGAAUGUUCCUAUAUUUGCUUUUGUUAAUAAAUUACUUCAAUUAUGCUGCUC